GGAAGAAGAAGCCGAUUCUGGAAGCCAUUACGUUGCGCACAUCAAUUGAGUAAAUCCUACUAUUUUUGCGUACAAUACGCACAAUUACCUCUCCUAAAGAGGAAUUUCUGCAAUUAUGGCAUCGGUCGCGAAAAAGAGAAAAAUGAAUUUCUCGGAGAGAGAGGUGGAAAUUAUUGUGGAAGAAAUAGAGAAACAAAAGCACACACUGGUUAACCACUUCAAUGCUGGAGUCACCCACAUGGCAAAGAAUAACGCCUGGGUGGAUAUCCUGAAAAAGGUGAACGCUGUCACCACCUGUCCCAGAGAGUUGCCCGAGGUGAAAAAGAAGUGGUCUGACAUGAAGACGGAGGUCCGGCGGAAAGUGGCCCAGGCGCGGGCUGCUAUAGAGGGAACCUCCGCGGACUGCACUCCAGUUCCCGUCAUCCUCACUGCUAUGCAGCAGAGGAUCUGUAACCUCCUGGGGGAGGCCACCAUCAUCAGCUUACCUGCAGGAGACUCGGAUGCUGAGAUAACUUUACCUGUCACAGUGAACACCGCCACCACCGUCACACUAGCAGAGACUCUUCCUGCUGGCUCAGGUACAGUCUGUGAUGAAGCAAAGCCACUGAAUGCUGAAACAACUUACCACACUCUGGAGGACGCAGGCGUGGUGGAGUACUGCACCACCACUGUAGGCGACUCCACUCCCACUGUGGUGGCGGCCGUUGAGGCCCCAGUGGAAAUGCUGGCCUCAUCCUCAGCAUCCCCGCCUCCGCCUCAGAGUCAGGCCAAACCUCAGGAGCUAAAGAGUCGCAUCGCCCUCAACUCAGCCCGCCUGCUGCAGGAACAGAGAGUCACCAACGUCCACAUCCGACAGAUAGCCCAGCACCUGGAGGGCCAGAACGAGCUGCUGCAGAUGAUGCGGCGCUCCCAGGAGGCUCAGGCAUUCGCUCAGGAGAGACAGGCCUUGGCCCUGGAAGGUACCCAGGCUGCCCUGCUAGCAUUAGUGCAGAUGCUCAAGCCUGCCCUCAAAGACCUGCGCAAAUUCUUGCAGAGUGGGACUGAGGUUGUAAACCCCAGCAGCUCAGCAGCAGGAGUGACGGCUGACGGGACAGGAAUAGAGGAGCAGAGCAGGCCCAAAACACCUCCACCUCCUCCACAGCAAGCCGAGGAGACACAAUAGACAGUGUGUGUGUGGCCCUGCCUCCUGUCUGCAUUGCACAUAGAGAACAAUGAAAAGCUUGUCAAAAGUUGCCUUCUGCAUGUACAGAGUUUUACUUGUGUUUUACAAUUUUGGAAAAACAGUCACUUUCUAUCCUUUUCAGCAUUGAAAAUGUGUAUGUUGAGAGCAUUAUUUUACCAUUUGUUAAUAAUUAGCAGUGAGUUUAUGUUAUUUAAUACCUUGGAUUUGAUAUUGAAAUUUGGUUUUAAUGCAAAGGUCUGGAAGGUUAUCACCCUGAUGUGGGCUGAACAUUUAAUUCUUAGUUUCUUCAAGUUAUCCCGCAGUUUAUCCUGAAUGAACAAUAAUCAGUUGUUUUUAGCACCAGUCAGCUGGGGUCCUCAGUUAGUGUGCACUGUAUCUUCAGAACUGAUUAAAUGUGAAGAAAUAUCAGCACCGUGUUUUUUUUCCCUACAGGAAGCAUCACUAUUAAUCAGCCAGGAGAGGUCAGUGUGUAAACAAGUUUCACCACUGGUGGAGCAGCUGUGUAGUUUUAGGUAACCUAGGAAGUGGAAAUAUUUUUGUAAUUUGUUUUUGUUUUUGUUUUCAAUGACCACAUGGUUCACACUAUGUAUGUAUGUGAGUGUGUGUACAGUCGGUAGUGCAUAUCACACAAAAGUGACAGAAAAUUCCCAUUGGAUUUCAUGAAGUUCUAUAUCAAAAUGUAUGGUCAAGGCCUAGCGAAAACAAGGAUUCUGAGAAAAGCUCUUUUUGAGAUUUCUGUUUUAUUUUGUUGAAUGGUGACCACCAACUGGAGGUCAUUGUUUUUAUCUUAGGGCUCAUCUCACUAAACUGAUCUAAAUUCUUCAACUUAA